AGUCCAGCAGGUGGCGCUAGUGCACCUUUACGCUGGUCACCGACCACCGGAAGAAACAGAAACCAGAAGCUGCUAGCAGAGCUAGCUUGUUGUUGUUCCUUUGGCCUCUCUGAGUAACGCGCUCGUUUUGCUGCUUUCAUCAGAUUGAAGAGGUUCCCUCUAUCAGACUCGCUCAUCUGAGUUGGUCAUGAUGCAGGAUCGCUGCUCGCUCUCUCAUCCAUCCUGCUCACACUCUCCGACGGAAAAGCCCCGAAUCUGAAUGUGACUCUGGAGGAAAAAGCGGUUAGCUCUACUCCGUGAACUCUGCUGUUAGCUAAACACGGCUAAAGAAAACCUGCUACCACUUUAGGAUCAUCCAUCAGCAUGGACACAGAUGUUCAGCAGCUGGUGCUGGUUAAAGAAGAAGCUCCUGGUGAGGACCAGCAGGACCCAGAACACCUCCACAUAAAGGAGGAACAGGAGGAACUCCGGGCCAGUCUGGAGGGAGAGCAUCUCUGUUUGAAGGAGGAGACUGAUGCGGCCAGGUUUCCAGUCACUGUAGUUACUAUAAAGAGUGAGGAUGAUGAAGAGAAACCUCUGGUCUCACAGCUUCAUCAGCAGCAAAUAGAAGACAGAGAUGUUCCAACCAGCAGCUCAGCGGACCAGAUGACAGCAGGAACUGGUGGAGGAGCCGGAACUGAGCCGGAACUAGCAGGAACCCAGAUCUGAACCCUCAUGAACAAACAUCUGAUUCUUCAGAGACUGGCGUUAGUGGAGAUGACGAAGAGGAUGAUGAUGAUGAUGUGAAUCUAGACUCUGAGCUGUUAGACCCUGGGUCUGGAGAUGGAGACUGGAAUGAGAGCAGAUCUUCUGAGUCAGAUGAUGUUCAACAGCUGGUGCUGGUUAAAGAAGAAGCUCCUGGUGAGGACCAGCAGGACCCAGAACACCACCUCAUAAAGGAGGAACAGGAGGAACUCUGGACCAGUCUGGAGGGAGAGCAGCUCCAUCUGAAGGAGGAGACUGGUGCUGCCAGGUUUCCAGUCACUGUAGUUACUAUAAAGAGUGAGGAUGAUGAAGAGAAGCCUCUGUUUUCCCAGCUUCAUCAGCAGCAACUGGAAGACAGAGAUGUUCCAGCCAGUUGCUCAGCUCACCAGAUGAUAGCAGAAACUAGUGGAGGACCAGAAGCUAGCAGGAACCCAGGUUUAAACCCUCAUGAACAGGCAUCUGAUUCUUCAGAGACUAAAGUGAGUAGAGAUGAUGAAGAGGAUGAUGUGAAUCUAGAUUCUGAGCAGUCAGACUUUGGGUUUGAAACUGAAGAGGGAGCCAAUGACUGGAGUGCGAGCAAGUCUUCUGAGUCAGAUUUUAAGUCUGUCAACAAGUCCUUUAGCUGCCCUGAGUGUGGUAAACAGUUUAUUCACAAGAGCUCUCUCCAGAAACAUGUGAGAGUGACAGGUCAUUCAGCAACAAGUUCUUCAGUCGGUCUGGUUAAUAAAAAAUGUGUUAGAGAGAAUCAACAUGUAGACUCAAGCAGGAAAGUCCAGAAAGAACUAAAAUCAUUUACUUGUGAUGACUGUGGAAAAACAUUUAUGAAAAAAUCCAAUUUAACCAAACACGUGAUUGUCCACACAGGACAGAAACCUUUUGUUUGCGAAAUUUGUGUAAAAACAUUUAGAUUUAAGACAAAUUUAAGCAGACACAUGAGAGUCCACACAGGCCAGAAGCCUUUUGCUUGUGAACUUUGUGAUCAAAGAUUUAGUCACAAAACAUCUUUAAACAGUCACAUGAAUAUCCACACAGGACAGAAGCCUUUUGCUUGUGAGCUUUGUGGUCAAAGAUUUAGCUAUAAGGCAACUUUAAACAGUCACAUGAAUAUCCACACAGGACAGAAACCUUUUGCUUGUGGUUUCUGUGAAAAACAGUUCAACCGAAAAACAUCUUUAAAUUGUCACAUGAAUAUCCACACAGGACAGAAGCCUUUUGCUUGUGAGCUUUGUGGACAACAAUUUAGCCGUAAAACUGCUCUAAACAGUCACAUGAGUGUCCACACAGGACAGAAGCCUUUUGCCUGUGAACUAUGUGGAGAAGGAUUUAGCCAUAAAACAACUUUAAAAAGUCACAUGAGUGUCCACACUGGACAGAAGCCUUUUGCUUGUGAGCUUUGUGGUCAGGAAUUUAGCUAUAAAACAACUUUAAACAGUCACAUGAAUGUCCACACAGGACAUAAGCCUUUUUCUUGUGGGAUCUGUGGACAACAGUUUAGCCGUAAAACAACUUUAAACAGUCACAUGAGUAUCCACACAGGACAGAGGCCUUUUGCUUGUGAGAUUUGUGGUCAAAGAUUUAGCCAGAAAACACAUUUAAAUGGUCACAUGACUGUCCACACAGGACAGAAAAAUUUUGCCUGUAAAUUUUGUUUAAAAAAGUUUAGCUUUAAGACAAAUUUAAACAGACACAUGAGAGUCCACACAGACAAGAAGCCUUUUGCUUAAGAGCUCUGUGGACAAAGAUUUAGCUUAAAGGUAUCUUUAAGCAGCCCUCUAGGGCUGAAAGAUCUAUUGUUCUCUGAUUAAAAAUAGCAAAUUCAAACAUGAUCACGUGAUUGCCAAAGCUGCAUUUUUUUUCUUCUUCUACUACUCCUGAUGGACCCAGGUGUGUGUGCAUUGGUAAAUGACUGUUUAUGUUGUGAAGCACCUUGAGGGGUUAUCAUAAUAUACAAGCCAGACAUUGGUGGUAUAGCUUGCUUAUGUGAGAAAUAAACUACCAGGUGGCCCUAAAAAUGUCCAGGUAUCCCUUCUUGGUAAAACAUUAGGCAUGUUUCCAUUGUCGGAAAUUCAGGGUAGUCGGGGAAGAGGAAAUUUGACCUCAAAUGUUGUGUCUCCAUACAAAUUCAGCCCUCUCAGGAAUAUGCACAGAAAUCCACAUAUUGCUACUGCUCCAGUAGUCAGUGAUGUCACUGAGCAGCACCAAAAAGCGUCCACAGUAACAUAAAAUACUUUCUUCUGUCAAGAUACAGCAUGCAGAGGACAGAGAUCAGCUGUGUGAUGUAAAAUGUGGCAUUCGAUGCCUUUUUUUAUGGCUCUCUGACACAACAAAACGCUGUGAAUGUCUUUGUGGAGGAUUUCUCUUGGGUUUUUCAGUGCUGGAAUUUAUAAUGGCGAUAUUAAAGCGGUGCAAAUGAUGCUCGUUUGCUUGUGCUUCCAGUCUGGUUAUAAUUCCUUACUGGGUUACAACUUAUCAGCACGUGUUAACCAAAAGUUCUGCUCAGCUACUCCACCGGGCCUUUUGGAGUCCAUACCCAUGUACAGGUAGUCUGAAAGAUCCUUAUAAUGGCCUGGAAAACAGCCCAGUGAAGUGGAAACAGGCGCAUGUCGGGAAGGUCCAACCCUGAAAUCGUUGCAUUGUUUUGUUAAUCAGAAUCAGAAAAGGUUUAUUGCCAUUGUCAGUGAACAAACAGUUCACAAACUAGGAACUUGCUUCGGUACUAAUGUGCUACAUAUAACUUGAAUAAUAAAAUUCAAAAUAGAAUAAAGUAGAAUAAAAUAUAAUAAACUAGCAUAAAACUUUGCUAUAAAAAAAGGCAGGUAAUGGUAACAUGGCCGAUAACGUGACGUUAUGUCAAGUACAGAAGACGAACAUGGUUGUGUGUUUAUAAUCUGUUCACAAGUCUAACGGCAGAUGGAAAGAAGCUGUUCUUAUGGCGGGAGGUUCUGGUCCGGAUGGACCGUAACCUCCUGCCUGAGGGAAGCGGCUCAAAAAGUCUGUGACCCGGGUGAGAAGGGUCAGCUGCUAUCCGACCUGCACGCCCCCGAGUUCUGGAGACGUACAGGUCCUGGAGAGAUGGAAGGCUGCAGCCAAUCACCUUCUCAGCAGAGCGCACAAUGCGCUGCAGUCUAUGUUUGUCCCUCACUGUGGCUCCAGCGUACCACACAGUGAUGGAGGAGGUGAGGAUGGACUCAAUGAUGGCCGUGUAAAACUGCACCAUCAUAAUAAAUACAGGGUGGGCCAUUUCUAUGGAUACACCUUAAUACAAUGGGAUAUGUGUGAGGGGGCAAACUUUUCAAGAUGACUGGUGACCAUUUUGAAGUCGGCCAUCUUGGAUCCAACUUUUUUUUUUUUUUUCAAGAGGAAGAAGGUCAUGUGACACAUCAAACUUAUUGGGAAUUUCACAAGAAAAACAAUGGUGUGCUUGGUUUUAAUAUAAAUGUAUUCUUUCAUGAGUUAUUUACAAGUUUCUGACCACUUAUAAAAUGUGUUCAAUGUGCUGCCCAUUGCAUUGGAUUGUCAGUGCAACCCUCUUUCACACACUGAUAGCAACUCCACACUGAGAAAUGCCAGCACAGGCUUCCAGUAUCUGUAGUUUCAGGUGCUGCACGUCUCGUAUCUUCACACCAAAGACAAUUGCCUUCAGAUGACCCCAAAGAUAAGUCUAAGAGGGUCAGAUCGGUUUUGUCUCUUGUCUCUGUUUAAUCCUGUAUUUCUGUGUGUGUUUUAGGUCAAAUAAUCUUGGUAAUCUAUAAAUUACUUUAAGUUAAGUUGAUUUAUUGGUGAUCAUCACUCCUUUCCUUCUGAGGUCAUUUGUUUAAGUGUUGCCAUGGAAGCGCGCCCAUAGGCAGCCAUGAUCAGUUCCUGGUGUGCUUAAUCAGCUCUACUGAGGGAGAAACUAACUGA